GUAAGUACUGAUAAAGCAAAGCAAGUCGCCUACUGCGACCGUGGACUGUCAUUAUGAGAAUGUGAGAUUCGUCUUGACCAAUUACGUGAAAUUAGGAUUAAUAUUUUAUUUAUAGUCUCGGCAACAGAAUACCUAUCCUGUGUCCCACAACACCCUAACAUUCCCUAAACCCAAAACCAAAAUAACUCAACCCAACCCUUCUCUCUCUCUCUACAUUUUAGGAAAAGCAGACUUUGGUUAAGCUCUGAGCUGUACAAAAGCCAUUGUUAUCAGCCCCUUAAGGAUCUGCAACUCUCUCUCUCUAGCGGUACGCGAAGCGCGUGAGCUGUAGGAUCAUCUUCUUGUCAACGUCGUCAGCUAGAAGGCUGCAGCGGUAGACCAACCUCUCCGUCUGCAGCAAAUCCAGUGGGGGAAAUGGCGAGUCGAGUGAAGGAGGAUGAAAAGAAUGAACGAAUUAUUCGUGGACUGCUCAAACUUGCCGAGAAUCGUAGAUGCAUUAACUGUAAUAGUUUGGGACCCCAAUAUGUUUGCACUAAUUUCUGGACGUUUAUUUGCACAACCUGCAGUGGAAUACACCGAGAGUUCACACACAGAGUGAAAUCAGUAUCAAUGGCUAAAUUUACAUCACAAGAAGUUAAUGCUCUUCAAGAAGGGGGAAACAAGCGUGCAAAAGAGAUUUACCUGAAAGAAUGGGACCCACAGCGGAAUUCUUUCCCAGACAGCAGUAAUGUUGAGAGGCUUAGAGAUUUUAUUAAGCAUGUUUAUGUGGAUAGAAGAUAUAAUGGUGAAAGGAACUUGGACAGACCUCCUAGAGUAAAGGGGGAGAAGGAAGAAUUAUAUGAAAGCAGGAGAACAGAUUCAUAUCAAGGAGGGUCUAGAAGUCCACCUUAUGAGGAUAAUGACCGUCGUUAUAAUGAGAGAUCAAGCCCUGGAGCAAGAAGUUAUGAGGGGCGAAGAAGUCCUGGUUAUGAUCAAGAAAGUCGGCAGUAUGGUGAUUUUAGAAAGAGCCCUGUCCGUCCUGAAAUUGUUAAUGAUUGGCGCCGGGAUGACAGGUUUGGUAAUGGAAGGAGACAAGACGAUAGGAGAAUGUCUGAAGGUGAUCUAAAGCUGGAAGGUAGAUCUCCUGAACGACCAAAAGAUGUAGGGGCCUCCAGUCCGCCUGUGGUAAGGCCUGUUAGGGAGAUUUUAGGGGAGAAUACAAUACCUCUCCGUAUUAGUGAGCCUCCAAAACCUACUGCCAGGACUUCUGAUGUCCCUGCACAGACUCAGAGAACUGCAUCCUCCAGUAGUUUGGGAUCAGCCAGUGGGAACAACCCCGUGGAAGUAAAAGUGGAGACUUCUCGAAGUUUAAUUGAUUUUGAUGCUGAUCCUGAAACUCCUAUUGCAUCAGCCGCACCUGAGCAACAACCAGCUAUAUCUCAGUCCAUUUCACAGCCUGCAAAUGCAAUCAGUGACAACAACUGGGCCUCGUUUGAUGCAUUCCCUCAGGCAAAUGUGUCUCAAGCUCCUAAUGUGAAUCCACUGGAGUCUGUACUAUCACAAUUGUCUGUUCAUGCACCUGUUCCUCAUAAUUCUGUUGCACCGGCCAACACUGCUACUGUGACAGCUUCUGUGAACAACUUGUUAGUAUCUCCUCUGGAUGGUGUUUCAGUUGCUGCCCCUGUAUCAACACCAGUAUUUCCAGUCAAUGGUAGUAACACUCUUGUCAAUGUGCCCAGUGCUAUGCAGUGGCCUAAUAUGCAACAACAACAACAGCCUUCCCUUUUCCCUGUUGCUGGUAAUCAGUCAAGUGGUCAGCAAUUUCAACAACCUGUUACUGGACCUUCUAGCUUUCAGCCAUGGAAUUUAUCGCCUGCCCCUAAUGCACAAGGGUUGCCUAAUAACUUAACAGCACAGGCACCCCCGGCUGUUUUGCAACCUGCCCAUGACAUCAAUUCUGCUGUUGUAUCACAAUCUUCUGCUGCUGAUGUAAAAUCAAGUGGAAGGAUGGCAUUGCCAGAGGAUCUCUUUACUGUAAACUAUCCAGCCUACCGGGCACCAGCUCCUGGGUGGCAAACUGGUCAACCUGGUGGUAUGGGGUUCCCCACACAAUAUAAUACGGCAGUGCCCAUGCAUACUUUCCAGCAGUCGACAAAAUCAACAAAUCCAUUUGAUCUGAGCAGUGAACCUCCUCCUGUUCAAGGCCAAACAUUUCCUUCCAUGCAACCCUUGCAAGGUGCUCUACCAAAUGUGCUGAAUCCAUCUGGCAUGCCACAAUCGGGCUUAAUGCGCACUUCCAGUCUUGGUGCACCACCGUCUGCAUGGAUGCCCCAAUCAUAUGCACCAGCAUUUCCUCCUCAAGCUGCUCCUCAAUAUGGAUCAGCACUGCCACCAAGGGCCUACAUGGGGCAACAAGUUCCUAACAUGCCACCUUCAGGGAAUCAAGCAUUUGGAGGUGGUGUUGUAGAGGGUGCAGCUUUUGGCUCAUUAAAUGUGGAUCAACAGAUUGCUGGUAGAUUUUCUGCACCUGCUACCCCGACUCCUUUUCCAUCUGUUGGAGGAAACCCAUUUGGGUAAAAAAUACAAAGGAAGGAGGAAGCCUCACUUAUCCUGUUUAGGCUAUAAGCAUCAUCUUGCUGCUGCCUAUUAUGUAAUGUCAGGCUCAAGUUUUGGAUUUCUACGUUGUAUACAGCCUGCUGACAUAUUUGUUUGAAGAAUCCCUGGGGUCAAGAUCACAAGGUCUGCACUAGCCAUGUAAAAUCUGAUUAAUGAUGUAACAAACAAAGAGUUAGAGAGAGAGAGAAGAGAGUACAUAACUAAAAGGGAAAGGAAUGGAAAAUAGUUUGGAGGGAGACCUAGAUUAUUAUUUUUUUUUUUUUUGUUUUGGUCAGUUUGGUACUGUGGUGCCUUGAUAAAUAUAUGUUUUUUUUUAGUGUUGUAGGAAGGGUGAUAUGUGUGUUUGUUUGCUGCCCCUUUGUGUCCAGACGUUAUUGUCCGAGUUGUAUGAUUCUUUCCUCCCAUUAUGCAAUGUUCCAGUGGAAUGAAGUUUGAAUGGUAGAACUUACAUAUUUUCAGACA